AUGGAGGAACGUCUUGCCAGUAAGGUACAAAAAAUAGUUAUUGAUACUUUGGAGGAACAGGAAAAUGUACUAGAUGAAGAACUGAAACGCUUAGAUCAGGUAUGCAAAGAUGAUGAUGAACUGGAACAAAUACGAAGCAAGAGGAUUUCUCAAAUGAAAAUGAAAUGUGAAUUAAAUAAUAAGUAUCGUAGUUUAGGUCAUGGGGAUUAUAGUGAGAUUACAAGUGAACGUGACUUUUUCGAUAUAAUUAAAAGAAGUGAUAGAGUUAUAUGUCACUUCUUCAGACCUACAACAGUAAGGUGUCAAAUUUUCGACAAACACUUGGCUAUUCUUUCUUCCAAGCACAUUGAAACUAGAUUUAUUAAAAUUAAUGCUGAAAAAGCACUGUUUCUUUGCGGUAAUUUGGGAAUACAUAUUUUACCUACUCUUGUUUGCAUCAUUAAUACGAACGUACGUCAUAAAAUUAUUGGUUUCGAGGAAUUGGGAAGUAAAGAUGACUUUAAAACAUUUGAACUAGAACAAUUGUUAAUUAAAUGGGAUGUUCUUUUACUCAAUAGUUAA